AUGAAAACGAUAAUGAUAAUAGUAAUAAUAGUGAUAAUGAUAAUCUUAAUAAGAACAGAGACAAUCAUAUCACAAUGGUGAGAUCAACGGUAAAAGCAAAAUCAGAUUUCAAACAACCUAUUUAAAACCAAAAGGCAUCGUCAACCCCAGAGAAGACGAUGUCAAAACCUGAUGAAGUCGUACAACCUCCACCACCUGCUGGUCCUCCUCCUCCAUACUCUCCUUACCAACCUCAGUAUGGAUUCACUACAGCCUCCACCAGCGUUGUCAUGCAGCAGCAGCAGCACCCACAGCAGCAGCAGCACCCACAACAGCAACAUGUAAUUACAACACAGCCGGUUAUCUCCACCACCCCUGUUGUGUUGGUCGCUGGCGCCACCUGCCCGGCAUGUAGGGCGGGCAUCUUGAGGAGCGAAUUCACCUGCUGUGGCAUCUUUUUGGCCAUCUGCUUUUUCCCCCUCGGCCUUCUAUGCUGCUUCCUCAUGAUUGAGCGGCGGUGCAGCAACUGCGGCCUCACCUUCGGGUAAAGAGGAAUGCCCACGCCUACGCCCACGCCCGCGCUACACUGCACGGGUGCCACACGCCCAUCCGGAGCUCUCGGCGCGCAAAAGAACGGGCGUGAAACUUCGCAGCGCGUUCUCUCUCUCUCUCUCUCUCUCUCUCUCUCUCUCUCUCUCUCUCUCUCUCUCUCUCGCUCUCUCUCUCUCUCUCUCUUUCUCUUUCUCUCUCUCUCUCUCUCUCUCU